CUCUCUCUCUCUCUCUCUCUCUCUCUCUCUCUCUCUCUACCUCAUUCUCUGCCUGUUCAUGUUAUUGUCGUGCUUGUCCUUGGCUGUGAAACGACAACAAGCCGAGCAGCCAACCAGAGAGCAGGAUUUAGACUGGAUCAUGGUGGACAGUGCUGCGGGGACAGAUAGCUGAUGUAAACAUGCCUGAAGUUCCACCUGCAGAGAGCUCGAGCGCACAGCAGCCAGAAAACACGCAGAGGAAAAGAACGUUAGAGAACACAGACGAUUACACCGCAAAAAAGAAACAACGCUGCUGGGGUAUUUUAACUAGCCAAGGGUCAUGGGCGGACCGGUCCCCUCUCCACGAGGCAGCGUGUCAGGGCCGUCUCCUGGCCCUCAGGACCCUACUCUCACAGGGUUACAACGCAAACAUCCCUACCAUAGACCAUGUGACGCCGUUGCAUGAGGCUUGCCUGUCAGACCACGCGUCAUGCGCCAAGGCGCUUAUUGCAGCUGGUGCCAAUGUAAAUGCCACCACCAUUGAUGGGGUGACGCCACUGUUCAAUGCCUGCUCAGCGGGCAGUGCCACCUGUACAGAGGUACUGCUGGAAAACGGUGCCAAGCCCCAGUCAGAGAUGUGCCAGCCCUCGCCCAUACACGAAGCCUCCAGCAAAGGCAGAAGUGCUUGUCUGGAGGCGCUGAUCACAUGGGGAGCAGACGUGGACUAUGAUAUUCCUCACCUAGGAACCCCCCUGUACAUCGCCUGCAUCUCCUCAGGACUCCAGUGCACACAGAAACUCCUCGAUGGAGGGGCCAAUGUGCAGAAGGGCAGGUUCCUGGAGAGCCCGCUCCAUGCAGCAGCUCAGAAGGACUGUCCUGAGAUUAUCAAUGUGUUGUUAGAGUUUGGAGCGAACAUUAACGCUAAAAACCUAGAGCUGAAGAGACCGGUGGAGUCAGCCCCACCUAACAGCUCAGCAGAGGAGACGUUACUGCUGUAUGAAGCAACACCUCAGCCACUAUAUCAACUGUGUCGUCUCAGUGUCAGAGAUUAUAUGGGCCGAUCUCGACUACACCUCAUCCCUCAGCUACACCUCCCCAACCUCCUCAAACGCUUCCUCCAGUACAGAUAGAACACAUCAACACCCCCCCCCCUCUCUCUCUCUGUCUGUUGCUCUCUACCUUCUCUUUCUCUCUUUCUAAAUGAGAGCAUCGUCAUAAUAGAGGAUAUUCUUUAUCCCAUCCUCUCUUUUGUUUUCUCUCUGUGUCUCGCUCCAUCCAUUUCAUCAUCAAGUGAAUUCAUUAUUACUCAAUGAAACAGAAUCUCAAAUGCACAGAAACCCUCCCAUUCACUGACAUCUGUUUUCAAUGUUUCUCUGAGGCACCUACAUACAAGGUCAUGUAAGUAUGUAUAUUCUGUUACAACUAAAUAUUAACACUGUAUAAUACUGUGUUAUCAGUUAAAAUGACACCCCCACUGCAGUGAUCGUUGUGAUCCCAACUGGUCAGAAAGUUGCCUGUAAAGAUGUGUACUGGUGUAAAUCAUGUUUUUCUGCACAAAUACUAUCGAAGUCAAGUUGAUCACCUUGCAUGUCGCUUUGGUUUUGUGUCCAAUAUUCCUGUCCACGCCAUACGUUUAACUGCCUAAUAUUCAUUGACCCAAAUAAUGAAAGGGGCCAUUGCAUGUUUAAUGUAAUGUAUAACAUAAUGUACUUUAAUGUACACAAUUCAUGUUCUGUCAUCUUGUUUGAAUGAGCUGCCUUUAUGCUAUCAAUGAUGCAAACAAGAUACCAUCAUGUACCUUAAUGUACGAUGUUAUCUUGUUUGCAUCAUUGGUAGCAUAUAUUUUUAUUUAUUUAUUUUAUUUUACCCUUAUUUUACCUGGUAAGUUGAGUGAGAACACAUUCUCAUUUAUAGCAAUGACCUGGGGAAUAGUUAUAGGGGAGAGGAGGGGGGAUGA